CCGUGCGUGAUGAGAAUAAUGUAUAGUACUAGUGAACGACGAGGAUGUUGAAGAGUGUGGUGCUAUACAAUUAACUUAAAUAUACAAAAAAGAAAUAAUAAUCCAUCACAAGUUCAAUUUUAUUUUUUCCUUCUUUAACUCUAUUUUAUUUUAUUUUUUUUAAUUCGUGUUCUACUUAAAAAAAAUUAUUAAAACGUAUCUUAAAUUUUGUUUCAAUUUUUCUCUUGUGAAAUUCUAAAUGCAUAUGUGUAUAAUAAAUGUCCUUGCAUUUUUAAUGUGAUAUAAAAAAUUUGAGUGAGAAGGAAGUGAAGAUCCAAGUUAAUUCUUAUUGUUGAAGGAUGGCUUAUCUUAAAAUCACACAAAACGUUUCACAAAUUUUCUUCAUUUUAAUUAAUAAAUCGCUGCAUUAAUAUAAAUAAUAUACAAAAACAAAAAAAAAAAAAUAAAAAAAAAAUGUAUUUGAUGACUCACAUUUUAAAUAUUACUCAUAGAAACUUUUUAAAAAUUUGUAAUUUAUCAAAAAGUGUUAAAAGAAAAAAUUAAUAUUCCUUAAAAUUGUGUUUAAAAAUCAAUAUAAUUCUUUCCUUGCAAAUAAACAUAAAACAUAUCGAAUUAAAAAAAAAAAAAAAUAACGAAAAUAUACAUCAUACUCAUUCAAAUGAUAAAAAAGAGAUUUAAAAUUCGUAACUGUAAUCAAAAUAAAAUCACUAAAGCCAUCAUCAUUCGAAGAAAACCAAAAAAGCUCAAAAAGCUCAUCAACAAUUACGACGACGAUAGGAAACCUUGGAAAAAGGAGCCAACCAAAACAACAACAAAACAACUCCAACAAAAACAACAACAACAAUAUCCACCACCAUCCAAUUUUUAUAACCACGGCAAUCUCAAUACAAAGUUGACAAGUGCAAACAGUGGAUUUCAAAAAGCAGGUCCUUAACCAUCAUCAUCAUAAAGCAGAGAGUCCUAUCUACACAUUUAUAUAAAAAAAAAAAAAAAUAGAAAAAAAUAAAGAGCAAGAGCGAAAGAAUAAUAUUAUAAGGAUUUAGGACAAAAACAUGCAGCAGCAACAGCAACAAGGCGACAUUCAGAAUGGUGGUGGUGGUCAGGCUAUGAGUGGUGGUGGUGGUGGUGGUGCUUUAGCGAGUACCAAUUCACCACCAGGAACUUAUGGCACAAGUAAACGAGCACAAAUAAGUGGAGGACGUUUUGAUUUUGAAGACGGAGGAACAUAUUGUGGUGGUUGGGAUGACGGCAAAGCUCAUGGCCAUGGUGUUUGCACUGGACCCAAGCACCAAGGUGCGUAUGCUGGCGCAUGGAAUUAUGGAUUUGAAUUGUCCGGCGUUUACAUUUGGCCAAGUGGAUCUCAUUACGAAGGCCAAUGGCAAAAUGGAAGACGUCACGGCCUAGGAGUCGAGCAACGAGGUCGCCUAAUAUAUCGUGGUGAAUGGUCAAAAGAUGGACACAAGGGUCGCUAUGGCGUGCGACAAAGCACAAUUUCCACAGCCAAAUAUGAAGGAACAUGGAAUGUUGGAUUCCAGGAUGGUUAUGGUUGCGAAACUUAUGCCGAUGGUGGAACAUAUCAAGGACAAUGGCAAGAAGGCAAACGUCAUGGCUAUGGCAUACGCACAUCGGCACCCUUUGGCAUGGCAUCACAUUAUCGACCAAAAAAUAUUCACGCUUCCAUGAGCUCUCUACGAAGCAACGAAAAUGCUGACCCCGGUGGCAAAGGAAACAAUAAAUCUGAAGAAAUUCGUGGUGGUUUUGUGUUAACUUCAAAGUCUGAUAAACUUCCAGCAAGGCGUAAUAGUCUGACGGAAAAAUCAAAAAAGGGAUUUCUUUCGGGUCUGAGAAGGAAACAAAGAAGUACAGGGGACCUCGAAAAACGUGGUACCUUAGCUUCAGGAAGCAUUCGAUCAACAAUGUCAACUGCUUCUUGGCUCAGUACUGGUUCCGAACAAUCAAAUUUAACAGCAAAAUCUGCUCAUACUGAAUCAAAUGCCAGUUUCACAAUUGAAGAAGAACAAUUGGAUCCAACAGUUGUCGAAACUUACAUGGGAGAAUGGAGUAAAGACAAGCGUAGCGGUUAUGGUGUUGCUGAACGAACUGAUGGUUUGAAAUACGAGGGAGAAUGGUAUAAUAACAAGAAAAACGGUUAUGGUGUAACAACAUUUCGCGACGGUACUGUCGAAGAAGGCAAAUACAAAAAUAACAUCUUGAUAACCAGCCAAAAGAAGAAACAUUUAUUUGUGGCAAGAUCGCGCAAAUUCAGAGAGCGAAUUACCGCAUCGGUUAGUUCGGCACAGAGGGCGCUAAAAAUGGCUCUACAACGAUCCGAUAUUGCGAUAUCAAGAACUGCCACAGCAUCAGCCAAAGCCCAAAAUGCUGAUAUUGCUGCAGAACAAGCACGCAUUGAUUGCGAACAAGCAGUUGCAAUGGCGCGUGAAUUCGCCCCAGAUUUUAAGCCAACUGUUUUGGAACGAUUUGAGAAAUUACGAUUCCGCGAACGAUAUAAAUUAAUGUCUAGCGAUAUGAUUGAGCCAAAUCGACCUUCGGGCUCAUCGAAUAAUCCUCAAUUAAUGGGAAAUCAAGCAAAUGAAGCAGCUCGAAGUGUGGCAAAUACCGCUUCGCAGCAGCCGCAGCAACAAAUUCCCAAUAAACAACCUAUGUCAGCAUUUCAACAACCACAACAAUCACAGCAGCAAAAUAAACAACAACAACAACAACAGUCCACAACAAAUGGCCGUCGGCCAUCACAGCAGCAGCAAUCGGAUGACUGUCCUAUUCCCAGUUCCAUGUAUUCACAACAAAUGCCCGUUUCGCCGCAAACCGAUUUAUCGGCCUUGGUAAGUCAGCAACACAACCGUGGACCGGGCGGACUUCAUCCGAUGCAUGUGGGUGGUGGCCUUCCCAAUCAGUCGCAUAGCAAUCCACAAAUGAAUCCUGCAUAUCAAUUCCAACAACAACAGCCGCCUGGUAGUAAUUUGAGUAACUCAGCAAAUUUCGCCGCAAAUGAACAAAUAAAUAAUUUGCAACAGCAACAAAUGUUGCAACUACAACUGCAACAACAACAUCAGCAACAGCAACAACUGUACAACCAACAGCAACAACAACAGUCUCAACUAGCUCAGCAACAGCAGAAACAACAGCAACAACAGUUUGAAAUGCAACACCAACAACAACAACAAAUGAGCUCCCAACAACAAUCAAAUAUGCAACAACAGCAGCAACAACAACAGCAAAUGCAACAACAACAACAGUAUCGGCAAGAUAAUUUAAACAGUACGCAAGCAGCUGGCGGAAGCGGUUCCAUGAUUAGAAGAAAUGGCAGCAGUAGACCGCCAAUGCUUGGCCAAACCAAUCAGCAAUCCUCCAUCGACCACUUCGAUCACUAUAAACGACCUCCGAGUCGCGAUUCAUCAGUUGACCGAUAUGCCAGGGCCGCAAGUCGAAUGAGUGGUGGCUAUGGAUCUCGACAGGCGUCUGUCGAUCGACAAACAAGCAAUGCGGCUCCAGGUACAUCGACACCAACUGAAACAACGACAAUGGGUAACGAAACUGCUAGACCAAGAGCUGGUUCAGUAUUUCGCGGUGCUACCCCUGGUCCACGAUCAGCGACACCAACUGGCAACACUGGCAAUGGAACAGUGCCAACGGGAUCGGGGCGAUUAUCCCUAACUGGGACACCGAGCAUGCAAAGACGUUCCACUCCAAUAAAAGAGCCACAAUUUUCGACGCCUAAUCAACCAUUCGAAGACGUUUUACUUCGUCAACGUACUUUAGGACAAGAUAUCAUUCCCUCACCCUCGCAACCAAAACGAACUGAAAGUUUGUAUGUACCUCCGAAGCCGGCAACACCAAUUGGCGGUGGCGGAGGUGGUGGUAAAGCAGCUGGUGGCGCCAGCGGUGGAAAUAAGAAACUUAAGAGCGUCCCAAUAAAUGUGACAUUGCAAAGGAAAAAAUCAUUGCCAGAUUUUCAAGAACUGCCACGCGCCACAGAGGCAAUGAGCCGCGAAGAAGUAUCGGCAUUAGGUUCAGCUAGACGGGAAGCUGUCCGAAGGCAAAUUGAAAUGAAUGAAAGGCUUAAAGCGAAUCCCUUUUUGUAUUUGGUCAGUCCGCAAGUUAAGGAUUGGUUCUCACGUCAGCAGUUGGUGAUUUUGGUGCUUUUUGCAAACAUUGCAUUGGGAAUAAUGUUCUUUAAGAUGUUAACAUAGCAUCAAUUGGAAACUUCAUCUUGGCUUUGUAAAUCAUUAGUAUUGGUUAGUACCAAUACAAACAGAAUAAAUACAUACUCAGCAGAUAAAUAUUUUUAAAAUAAUUUAAACAAAAAAAUAAAUUAAAAAAAAAGAGAAUCUUCUUUACUUUCAAAUUUGAAAAAAAAAUAAAUAAAAACAACAAUUUGUGAAUGAAAACUAAAAACAUUCAAUUUUAUCAUAACCCUUAAACUAAAAAUAAAACAAACAAAAAAUUAAGGGUUAAAUUAUAUAAUAUUUGUAGAUUUUAAUGGACGCUAUAGAUAAAUAAAUAAAAAAUAAACAAAAUGGCAAUGUAAGAAAAAAGUAUUUUAUAAAUCGACAAAAUAAAAUUAAAAAAAAAACACAGAUAAAAAUAUCGGAGGAUUUCUAUAUAAGGACUUUGAAAGUCAAAUUUUAAAACUCAUUGGCUUUUUGUGUUUCAAACUAUAUUUGAAACUAGUACUUUUUUUUAACAAAAUAAUUUCAACUAUAAUUAACGAAUAGUAAAAUAUAAUAAAACAAAAACAAAAAAAAGAAUAAAAAAACCAAACUUUUAUUAUCUUAACGAAUUUUAUACUAUUUAGAAAAAUUUAGAAAAAAAAAGAAAACAAAAUAAAUAAAAAAAACUUAAAAAUAGGAACGCAAAAAAAAAUAUAUACUUUUUAGAAGAUGAAAAAAACAAAAAAACUAAUGUGCUCAUAAAAGAAAUUAAAAAAAAAAAAUUGGGACCUUAUUAUGGUUUUAUAAGGAAGUACUGUGGGACCGGAAAAUGCAAUAUACCUUUAUGUUAUUUCUUAUAAACAUUAUGUGCCAUCAAUAUAUAUAGAAAAUUUAAGGAAAUGUUCAAUUAAAAACACCCAAUUGAAUGGGAUACGCAUUUCCUUUAAUUUUUCAUUUUCAUUUUUCAGUUUUUAUUUAUUUGUUCAUAAUUUUAAUUUAUUGUUAUAUCAUCGUUAUUAUAUACCUUUAAGCAAAUAAAAACAAAUCAUUUUAAAUAAAUAAUACAAAAAAAAAAAAAACAAAUGGAAAUUAUGAUUUAUUCGAUGUGGUAAGUGUUUAUUCAUUUUGAAAAAAAAAAUUAGUGAAAAAUAAAAAAAAUAACUGAAAAACGAUGUGUGAUAAUUUUUUUUUUUCUGUUCGACUAUUCUGAAACUAACAAUUUUCUUUUUAUUUAUUUAUUAUUUUUUUUUUUUAGUUUUAAAUUUUUUUAUUAUUUUUCAUUCAUUUUUCAUUCAAAGGCAAAAUAGCAUUUAAAAAGUGCAUACAGUUAAAUAUUUUAUUUUCAGCGCAAAUUUUGUUGGUUCCAUAUAAAUAUUUUUUCGUUCAUCAGCAGGUCAAUUUAUUUAACAACAUUCAUUUAAUUAAUAAGCAAAAAUAAAAAUAAAAAAAAAACAAAAUAUUUGGUUCCUCGUUGUUUAAAUAAUAUCUAAAUAUAUUGCAUUAAAAUUUAAAUUAAAUAAAAAAAAACUAUAAACACAAAAAAAAAAUUAUAUUUUCUCUAAACAUGUAGUUAAGUUUAAGAUAGUUAGUUAGGCCAACCAUUUCUUUACAAAAAUUACAGUUAAUAAUGUUUAAACAACAAAAAACAAAAACAACAACAAAAAACACAUAAAAAAAAUCAACACUGACUAAAAAAAAAAAAAUUCUUCCACGACAAUAUAAUAAUUAAAAAUAAAUAAUUUCUUAUAUAUACAUGAUUAUUAUCAAUCUUUUUGAAAAAAAUAA